GACGAGAGAGCUCAGCUGCGUCGCCCGCCACGGGUCCCAGUUACCCCGCGGAGGGGCGGUGGCCUGCAGCUCGCGCGGCACCCGCCGUCCCGCGUCACUGGGCGGGGCGGUGCGGCGCGGGGCUGGCUCGCUGCGAGGGGCCGGGCGGCGCGGCGGAAGUGCGGGGUCCCUGGGCCCGGGCCGCCGGGGCUGCGUUAAGCGAUAAACAUGAAGAAAAUAAAGCUUAAAGAACUGGAAAGCUGUCUUCAGCAAGUUGAUACUUUUGAGAGUCCCAAACUGCUCCUUGAGCAGUAUCCAACGAGCCCGCACAUCGCAGCAUGUAUGCUUUAUACAAUUCACAAUACUUUUGAUGACAUUGAAAACAAGACAGUUGCAGAUUUAGGAUGUGGUUGUGGCAUGCUCAGCAUUGGAAGUGCAAUGUUAGGAGCAGGAUUUUGUGUGGGGUUUGACAUAGAUGCAGAUGCGCUGGAAAUAUUUAAUAGCAAUAUUGAAGACUUUGAGCUCACCAACAUCAACAUGGUUCUGUGUGAUGUCUGCUCUAUAUCUAACGGCAUGUCAGAGACUUUUGACACUGUUAUUAUGAACCCACCAUUUGGUACAAAGCACAAUAAAGGAAUGGAUAUGAUUUUUCUGAAAACUGCUUUACAAAUGGCAAAAACAGCUGUAUAUUCCCUUCACAAAACUUCAACACGUCAGCACAUUCAAAAGAAGGCAGAUGAAUGGGAAGUGAAGAUGGAAGUCUUAGCAGAACUUAGAUAUGACCUACCAGCAUCAUACAAGUUUCAUAAGAAGAAAUCAGUAUCGUUAGAAACUAUUCCUGAAACUUCUGCCUCCUAAUAAUCUUUGAAAGUUCAAGGAACUUCCUGGAGGAUGGAAUGAAAAUACCUGCAUUUACUAAUGCAUCCUAAACUUUACAAACUUGUCCUCAAUGCAUUUCUGCCUGAAUACUGAAUCAAGCAUCUUUGAUAAGAGGUAAGAUGUAAGAUGUUUUAACUUGAAAGUAACUUGUUACCUUAACUGGCAUUAAGCAUAUAAUCCUAGUACAUAGAUACAACCACUACACACACUAGAAGGUUGAUAAGAAAGCAGCUACUGGCCAGAAGGUUAAUUCACAUGAGAAAACGUCUCUCUAGUUGCUCUAAAGAUAAGGAUAGAGUGUGAAGAGUAAUCCUUGAGGGAAAAUGCAGCUUUAUAAAACUGUCAGAAUCAGUUUUAAUUCAGUUUUGAACUAUGAAGUACAGAUUUCUCCCUUUGGCCACUAUCACAUUUGUUAAAUCCAGCUGCAGAAGAUGAAGCAGUUUCAUAGCCCUCAGUUACCCCAGCUCACAAAGCAGUGAUGACUAAGACUACUCAAAAUGGGUUUGCACUCAUGUCUUGCAUAGGUUAUUGGGAGGUUUAAGCACACACAUUCUGCUCUUCUGCUGCUCACAGGACAGGAACAUCUUUCAGAGCAUCAAGAUGACUGACAGGGUCGAAGUACGGAGAAAUCCAGAGACUCCCUUGUCACAGGAAAUCACGUUCAUCAGUACAGCCACACAGCAGCCCCACCUUCUUAUUUUAGUAGUUUAGUUCACCAGUCCUCGUUCACCCUGCAGUCUGCAACACUCCUAUCGCCUCCUCUUCCUGAUGUCAAUGUCAGGUUGCAUCCUUUGACUUGCUUGUAGUUCUUUUUAAUCUAGGCACUUGCCGCCUUAACAUUUGCAUCCUGGUCUUCCCUACUGGACUGCCACCUGUACCUAACAUUGUAACACUCCUUAAAGCCUGAUUUCAGUGAGUGUUAGUUGACAGCUAUGCUCAGGGUGAUAUCCAUUUGUCUGCAAAGCACUUCACAAAAAUCCAGGCCAUUGCACACCAGCUCACAGUUGCAGUUGCUUUAGAGAUGUCUCACAUGAGCCACCCUGACUGCAGGAGGCUGCCUCAGUUCACCACCACGUUCAGGUGCUGGCACUAUCAUAACACUCCCCUGUGAUGUUGUCCCCAACCUGACGUGUGAGAAGCCAGUGUUCUAUUUUACAUUAUACCUAAUUUGGUGUAUUUUAAUGGCAGUCUAUGGAGUAGUCUCAGCUUUUUGUACUGCAUGAACUAAUUGACCACACUCUUUGGGUGUAACACCUGAUCCAACAGAAAGUUAACCCCUACUGAAGGAAUGAAAAAAUAGUUCUACUAGAUAAAUUCAUCAGUGACUUGAAUCAGCUUGUAGAAGACACGAAUGAUAGAACUGUUAGGGCAGGGAAGAGAAUAAAAAAGAAAAUCAGAAAAAUCUUUCUGUGGGAGAAAGCAGUUGCAGUGGGUUGGAUUUGACAUCUAACAGUAUCCUCAGGGUCAAACAACAGUACUGAAUGGCAGCUGGGUGAAUCUUUAUAUUCUCGAACCUUAGUCUGGCAAUUUAAAUCACAUUGUAAAGUCUUCUCCAGGUGCAGAUUUUUUUAAGCAGUAUGCAACAUAUUUAAAUGAACCAUUUUCUUAUGAGUGCUUUUCACAGUACAGCUCAAUUAACAUUUAAGACUACAUACUAAUUUACUAUCAUGGUGGUUCUACUGAAAGUGGGUUAAUUUUCUUGAUGCAGUUAGAAACUUUUCUUUGUUGUAGCUAGCACAGUUGAUGUUUGUAUUUAGUUUGAGAAUAACACCCCAGGACAGAAUUAAUGUUUUUCUUCAAGUAACUUUCUGGAGGUUUCGAGCUGAAACAAAGAGAAAGUAAAAACUUACUGUUAUCUUAGUUAUUGUCCGGGAGACCAAGGUCUUUCAAGGCUCUCUGUCUGCAGGUGUGAGGCAGCUGGGAAGGGGGCGGAGAUGGGACAGACCUUGACUGACAUCCAGGCUCAUCAAUGAGCACAUUCCACACCAUUAGCAUCAUGCUUCAUAUUUAAGGAGAGACAGGUUUUCCAGCUAGAGAGAGGGACAUUUCAGUUCUGCCCCAUUUCAGUUGAGUUUCAUGCAGGAGUUUAUUGCAGUUUGUCCUUUUCCCAUCCUGCAGUGGCCUCUGGGCCUUUCUGCCUUUUUCCCUCUUCCCCUAGGACUGGCUGUUCAGGACCAGGGUGCUCUCUCUCUUCCAGGGAGUGGCUGCAUAGUGUGCAUGGAGUUCAUGAGCAAUUGCAUUGAGUAUCUUUUAUUUUAUAUUUUAUUUCCAUUACAUAUAUAUAUAUAUAUAUGUAUAUAGUAGUAGUCUAUUAUAUUAUUUUGUUACUUUAUUAAACUGUUUUUAUCUCAA